AUGCCGAAGGGCGAAGAUGAGGAAGAAGAGGAGGAGGAGGACGACGACGAGUACAUAGACGAGGUUGUGUCUCCUCCCUUGGUAUCAAACCCGUGUGCGACUGGUCCGAGCUUGAACUUCAACUACUGGGAUCGAGGAAGACAGGCAAGUCUGCGGAAGCUGGCGAUCGACCUGGCCAAGUCCGGGUACAUCUACAAGCUGUCGGCCAUGCUCCGAGAGCACGAUCCCAAAAUGCUGCUUCUACCUCCCAGACAAGACGCACAGGUGGGUCCUCAACAAACGCUGUUUUCUGCGGCGCAGGCGAGUGGCCACACAGCAGUGGCAGAGGUGGUGGAAGAGGCUGCCACAGAUCUGCUGUUCAGGGAGUUGUCCAAGUUGACCUCGAUGCAGGAGGUCGAGGAUGACAUCGUGCAGCAGUGCUUGCAUGCAGGAGCCAAUCCCACUCGUCCGGGCGGAGCUCAUGGCCAUCUGCCUUUGCAACAUUUGUGCAUUCAAGAGAUGCGCCAGCCUGCAGAUGUAUUCACAGCAAAGAAGGUUGCGCAGGCGGCAUCUCAGCUGGCAGAAGCCGCGCCGCUUGUCCUUAUAAUGGCCUUUGCAAGACCGGCAGCGCGUGCAGAAGCCACGCUGCCGCUUGGUGCGGCGGCGUGCAACAAGAGUUUCGGCCAAGACAUUGUGCCGGUCCUUAGCUUUGCCGUUUCUCGGCUCUUGCUGAAAAGGCCUGACCUGGCCGCAGCCCCACUUCUGAAAGCCUCCGUUGAAGCCGCCCACACAAAAUUUCCCAACGUUCCUUUCGUCCUGCCGCUGGUUGAAAUCCUUCGUGCUGCUGCACCCUGCUUGGACAGCGCUACUGGUACCCGUGCAGGAAGGGAGGUGCAAAUAUGGGAGCCUCGCUGUGCCUACGAGAGCUGGACACAGCGCAAACAGAGGCUGGAAAUCCUGCGGCCAAUGCUCUCCCAAGUCCAUCGUGCCGACGCUAGCUGUGAGCGGGAGGAAGCUAUUGCCAGACUGGCUGAAGUGGAAGCUGUGCUGGAUAGAAGACGUAGGCAGCAUUCCGAGCAGAUUGCAGAGCUGCAGAUGGCACUGGAUAAAGCCCAGCGUGCUGCUGAGGAGGCCAGUGCCCAGGUGCAAGCUGCGCUUUCUCAAAAAUCUCAGCGUUCCUUGCAACUCCGUGCGGAGCUGCACAGCGAGGUGCAUGCUGAUGGCAAGAGCGAUGUCAGGUUUGGCCAAAGUCUGCCAAACACCGGGUCACCACCAGAUGCGCCUGCGGAGCUGUUACGCAAUAUUCGGCAGCAACGCGGCCUUGACAUCGACUACAGCGCCUUGCCACCGACAGUGCUGCAAAGUGCUGGCGCCAUGCAGCGGAGCAUUGGGGCUGCUGUCGAAAGGCUGGCCAUCGACUUGUACGCCUCCAAGGGGCACUUCCUCUUGGAGCUGAUCCAGAACGCCGACGACAAUCGCUACAACACCUCAGGCGCCGAGCCUGCAAUGACAUUGCACAUGGGCUCCGCCGAGGACUCCUCGCUCUUCUUCGCGUCGAUCAACAACGAGCUAGGGAUGACGAGCAAGGACGUCGAGGCUUUGUGCGAUAUCAACAGGUCUACGAAGCCAGCGCAGGCCGGAAAGAUUGGGAAGAAGGGAGUUGGUUGGAAGGCAGUCUUCGCAAUCAGCGACCAGCCGACAGUGCUCUCUGGACCAUUUCGCUUUCGCUUUGAUGUGCGUUGUCGUGGCCGCUUGGGCUAUGUCACGCCUGAUGACCUUAGUGCGCAGGAACAAUCCCUGCUGCCAUCAUUCCUCCAAGAGGCUAGUUCUGGAGGGGCCACGGUCCUGUACCUACCGCUCCGUGGUCGCCCCGCGACGGAAGACGGAGCAGCUGCUGACAUGGGAGAUGGAGGCCUUGGAAUCGCAGCUUUAAUACGAAGCUCAAUGCACAGACUGCUCAUGUAUCCAGCAUGGCUGCUUUUUCUGCGCCAGCUUCGCCGCGUAGCAUGGGACGACGCAGUGUCUGCUAGACCGCGGCAUGUCUCCCUUGAAAGGCGCGGUGACUCCGUGUUUGUUCGGCAGCUGGCGAACAAAGGUAUGCCGGAGCCAGACGAGGAGUUCGCCUUUUUCGUUCACCGGAAAACCGGCGUUGUGCCAAGCGAUUUGCUCCCGGCCGGCGUAGAGCCUGGGAGUCGAAUUGAGGAGGUAGCCAUCGCUUUCCAGCGUGCAGCAGUGCAAGACCAACGAGCAGAAGCAGCUGAGAGCCACGGCCAAGCUGACAGAGAGUCAGAUCCAGUUUUCUGCUUUUUGCCAGUGCGACCCGUGGGUUUCCGAUUUUCCUUGCACGCGCCGUGGUCACUAACAUCGAACCGCGAGGAUUUUCAUUUGGAAGACCCGCGGAACGUUUGGCUGCGCGGGGUCGCAGCUAAUGCUUUGGCUGAAGCGAUCGCUCGGUUUGGUAGCGAACCUGGGACGAAUGUGCUCACGCUGCUGGAUGCUCGACGCGUGCUUGAGCCAUUUUGGAGACGUUUGCUUGAAGAGGCCGUGGAGCGAAUUGGCGAUGCACCUGUCGUAGCCGUCAUUGGAGAGUCCAAGCUCUACAGACCGUCCGAGGUGUUGGUCCCAACACCUUCGUUGGUGCGUUGCACUGCAGCAAUGAGAUUCAUCCAUGCUUUGCCUGCGGAGUCCUGGCCUGCAGCAACUGGCAAGCGGCUGGCCCGGUUGAGUGCCAAUGAGGAUGUGGCGGUGGAAGAUGUUCGAAGAUUGUUAUCUCUCCAUGCGGAACCCGUCUCUGCACACACGAUGCGGGUUCUGCUGAACAGUGACUCCGUCAAAGCUGAGCUGACCAAGCACUGCAGGUCCAGGGAUCCUCUUGGACUCGCCCAGCUUUGUGAACUAUUGAGUGCCAUGCUGGCUGCCACUCAGCGCGAGCCAGAGAAGGUGCCGACAUUCUCCGAAGCAGGCGAGCUUCCAGGGGAUGAAAGGCUGUUGGAUGUUGUCACAGAAAUCCAGCAGAUGCAGGUGCUGCCUUUGGCCACUGCAGGAAGUGCCCCUCAAAUGACGAGUCUUUCAGAGGGUGAUGUCCACUUGCCCGGCUCAGGAACUUGGUGCCCUGGGCUCGAUGAGGCUACUGCAUCGACUCUUCUUGCGCACAAAGAUGUGCGAGUGUUCGACAGUAUGUCGUGGCAGUCGCUGUCCAGUGGGGGCCAGAACUUCCUGCGGCAGCUGGGCGUGCGGAAGGCGAUGCUCUCGGAGGUGGCUGCUGCCAUAGUACGCGUUCACAGCUUGACCUUGGCGGAUUCCGUGAGCAUGCAGUGUUUCAGUGGCAGCUUUGCGCGGCCAAGCACUGCUGAAAACCAGGAGGCGCAGGAGCAGGAACUCGCAGUGCUGUGGGCCGGCCUGGAUGCCAUACGCCUGGCCAGAGAGCAGUGUCUCGACCCUGCUCGAGCUGCUCGUGAGGACAGGGCCAGGGCGGCCGACCCGCUCGAUCCUGCCGUGUCCUUUGCGCCAGUCUUCCGCCGCACCGAUGCUUUGCAAAUGGGUGCAGCGGAACUGGGCCACGUCUUAUGGCUGCCGACUCGGUCGGCUGCCGGGGAGGUGUGGCUUCGCCGGGCAAAGGGACUGAUUCUUCCGACCUUUAUGGGCCUCACAGCAAGCGAGCCGGCACGGGGCGGGCUGGAGGAGCACAUGCAUGACCUGGGCGACGACGAUGGGCAAGCAGAGAAGGCGACGGUGCUUCCGCCGCCCUCCCGGCAGUCUGGGCGCCCGUGCUUUGUGGUGGCCGUCCCGGCAAGUGGCCAGGCUGGUGGAUGGAACGAGUGCCUUCUCCUGCGUGAAGCCUUCUUAACGGAGCUUGGCUGCGCUCAGCCUGGCAUCGAAAGUCUUGCCGUAGAUCGAGUGGCGGAGCGCCUGGUGUCGCGUCAGCUUUGGGAGGCGCUUGCCAAGUCCAUGGAGCUUCGGAGGCACGCAGCUCGAGUUUUUCGGGAGAACCACGGCUGGCUGCCUGACUUGGAGGUCCAACCACGCCAAGAUCAGCCAGGCUCGGGCCAGCGCAUCAACAGCUUCUUUCGCCGCGGUGCCUUCGAGCCGGUGGUCGGGGAAGGCGGACUUCCCUACGUGGACGCAGAGCCCAACUGCCAGUCGCUCCUGGAGCUUCUCAGGAUUCGCUGCACGCCGGAUUUCGAAAACCUGGCCGUGGCGCUGCGGAUCUGGGUGGACAAGGAGCCGCCGGCGAUGUGCGCGCCGAAAGCACUAGUCACUGCCUUGCUGCAGCGAGCCAUUGCAGAGAGGGAGAGCGAGCCUGAACGCAGAGUCUCCAAUGUUUUGACGUUGGCCAUUCUGCGCAAUCUGAUCUUCAUCCCAGGCAAGGGCAAGAUCAGUGCGCAGGAGGCAGUCUGGUCGGCUGGGACUGUGGAUGGUGAUUUCGCUCGCAGGGUUUGUGCAUUGGCGAGCACUUCGAUGCUGGAGGAGAUCUAUGGGCAAACACUGCGAGGGUGGUUCUGCGAGUUUCUGUCUGUCCGCGAGUCGCCUGGCAUGUGGCAGUUGCUGCGAGCUUUGCAGAGGCUGAUUCCAAGCCACGCAGGGGGCGAGGGCGAUGCCUUAGCUCCGUCGACUAAGCCUAGCCUAAGCUUCCUUCGGCAACUUUAUGCUGAAAUAAUGAUGCAGCUGGAGGAGUACAUUCGCGAGUCUGUGGUCGGUGAUGGUCAGCACAGCCGGCUUAAGCGGCGACGCACGGAGGACGGUCAUUCAUUGAUAGAGACGGUGGAGUCCAAGUUUCAGUCGCGACGGCUGAUCAUACUGCCGCAGACACGAAACCGGCCUUGGAAGUUCCUCGCAACCGCACAGGCCUACUGGUCAGUCGAUGAUGAACUCUCCGAGUUGCCGUGCAGCCAGUUCGCGUUGAAGAACUUCUACGGAGUCCAGGUCAAAACGCGCAGCGAGGAGUGUGGAACAGGCUUGGCAAUCAUAGACUUGAAAGACUUUUUUGUCCAGGUCCUCGGAGUCAAAGAGGUGCUGACAAGGGAGGAGCUGGCUCGGCGACUGCAGCCCACAGACAGGCCGCAGCGUCCACCACAGGUCCGACCUGACAGAGCUGCGGUUUCUGGGGAGGCUGCGAAUGCCAACAUGGAUGCAGACUCCGACGUCAGCAGUGAGGACGACGCAGGAGUUCGCGAGGCGCGGAGCAUAGCGGAGGCAUUGUACGGAUUUCGCACUCCGUGA